AUGAUGGCGACAACUCUACCCGACAACGCUACAGUAGGAUCAAGUUCAUCUACAGAUCUUUGCAUGGAUCAAAAUGUUUUUCUUCUCUGGCUGGACUCCAACAUCGACGAAACCAAUGACGAUUGUCGAAAUUCAAUUCUUCAAAUACGAUCCAUUUGUAGUAUCAAUAUAUUUAUCGAUGUCGACGAAUGCAUAGAUUUUCUCACUGAAAUCAAGGACAAAAAGGCAUUCAUGAUUGUUACGAAUGCAUUCAGUGGACAAAUUGUCCCACUGAUUCAUGAUACACUAGAACUUUAUUCAAUAUAUGUAUUAUAUCGAAAUAGCUUCAUUUACAAACAAUUCACCGAACAGUAUCCAAAAGUAAAGGGUAUUUUCACACAAAUCGUUCCCAUUAUUGAGCCGAUUACAAAGGUUGUACAACAAUAUGAUCAAGAUUCUACCUUGAUCAGUUUUUUCCCUCCCCGUAACGUAUCUAAUGGAGAGUCAGAUCAAGCCCAUCAAUCAUUUAUGUACACACAAUUACUCAAAGAAAUCCUUCUUGAAAUCGAAUAUAACGAACAAUCCCCAAAAGAUUUCGCGGCGUAUUAUCGUAAGCACUACCCAGGCGAGCUAAACACAGUCGACAAAUUCGAACGAGAUUAUUACAAUUAUCCGCCUAUCUACUGGUAUACAAAGGAUUUUAUGAUUCAUUCAGUUCUUAAUCAAGCUUUACGGGCACAAAAUACCGAAGUUAUUCUAAAAAUGGGAUAUUUUCUUCACGAUCUUCAUCAAAACAUCGAACAACUUCACUCGGAUCAAAUGGAUCAGCAUUUAGCAGCAUCAUCACCAUUAAUAGUUUACAGAGGCCAAGAUUUAGCAGCCUCAUACACAAACAUUGCCUGGGCCUAUGGGAAACUUGGUGAUUGGUUGAAAGGGCUUUUAUAUCACGAAAAAUCACUUGACAUCUACCUAAACGCGUCCGAUACGAACAAUCUUGCUUUGGCUGUUUGCUACAGAAACAUUGCCUUCGUACAUGAAACCAUGGGAGAUUACUCUAAAGCCAAAUCAUUCAACGGAAAAGCAAUAGAACAAUGUGAAAAAUAUUUUCCCUCAAAUCAAUCAUCGUCAACAACGCAUCAUACAAACAUCGAUUCCGUGCAUGAAAACAUAAAAACAUCACUUCAAAACAAGAAAAAAUAUCUCCACCCAAAUCAUCCCGAUCUCAUACGGUGCUACAACUACAUUGGCUCAAUGUAUAGUAAUAUGGGAGAGUACUCAAAAGCAGUUUCGUACUUCGAAGAAGACCUUGAAGUCUGUAGAAACUCUCUCCCUUCGAAUCAUCCCGAUUUAGCAAUUUCCUACAGCAAUAUCGGUUCUAUGUAUGCAAAGAUGGCUGAGUACACGAAGGCACUUGCCUAUUACGGAAAAGGACUCGAUAUCAUCGAAAAAUCCUUCCCUACAAAUCAUCCAGAUUGGGCUAUGGCCUACAACAACAUCGGUUCGGUUAAUUUCAUCAUGGGAGGGUACGUGGAAGCUCUCUCGAAUUUUGAAAAAGCGCUCGAAAUUCGAAAGAAAUUCUUCCCUGCAAAUCAUCGUAAUUUAGCUAUUUCCUACAACAACAUUGGCUCUGUGUUUAGCAAAAUGGGAGAGUACGCGAAUGCACUUUUUCAUUAUGAGCAAGCAAUUGAAGUCACUAAAAAAGCCCAUCAACCAGACCAUAGAUCGUUGGCCAUAUGCGUUCGCAACAUUGCUGCAUUGUAUAAUGACAUGGGGGAGUAUUGGAAUGCUCUUCGAAACCGUAAAAAAGCACUCGAAAUCUUAGAGAAAUUCCUGCCUGCAAAUCAUCUCGACUUAGCUGUGUCCUAUAGUAGUAUCGGUUCAGUGUAUUUGAAAAUGGGAGAAUUCACGAAUGCAUUUUCCUCAUGCAAAAAAGCACUUGACAUCGGUGAAAAAUCAUUUCCUCCAAAUGACCCAGAUUGGGCUACGUGCUACAACAACAUGGGCUCUGUAUAUUUUGACACUGGAGAGUACGUGGAAGCUAUUUGA